GCCCUUUGACAUCUUUGACAUUAUUAUGACAACUUGUCAACGAAGAGGAUGUCUGAGAUUUAAAGAAUUUUAAUCGGCAAAUCCCACGAUCUAAUGGAUUUAAAACGAGAAAGUGAGCAAAUGUACCCAUUUCAAUGGCUAUAUUUGAGCGUCAGCCCGUCAAGAAGGUCGUAUUAGAUGAUACAGAACCUCUUAGCUGCGUAAUCGAGAACUGGCGAAACGUCAACGGACACACAGAAUUCGUUAUAAAAGUACAAAGAGGACCCUUUCCGGACAAGACGUGGCGCGUGUACAAACGAUACAAUGACUUCUACAAGUUGCACACUUACCUACAAACAUCGGGAAUCUCUCUCCAGCUACCACCAAAGAAGCUCAUCGGGAACAUGGACCCGGAAUUUAUCACCGAGAGACAACAAGGACUGCAGAAAUAUCUAAACAGCAUCCUCAUGAAUCCGAUUUUAGUGUCGUCGCUACCGGCACGGUCUUUCGUGGAUCCUGCGAAUUAUUGCCAGCCGUUCGGCGAGUUGGCUCUCCAGCAUGUGUCGCUAGCUUUACGUGGAGAAGUGGGUUGGGAGGUUGUGGGGCCGCUCGAGGAUAUAGGGUGGCGGCUCAGGAAGCACUAUUAUCAAAUCAGGUGUAAAACUUCACCGAAGGAUGAACUCUUAGGGGGGUGGACUGACUACGGUCCGGAUAAAUACUUGGACGACAAGGAUAUGCACGCUUUGUUUAAAAGCUUGAAUCAGAUUCAGCACCCAUUCAUACAUUCCAUUGAACUGUGCUUGUGCACGGAUAUCGGGGGCCUUGUAGUCAGAUCCAACCACAAAAAUGGAUCUCUGAGGGAUAUUAUAUGUGGCUCGAAACCGCGACAGUCGUUUUUAAAAAAGUACGGGAAUCCGAAAGGGCACAAACCGCUCGAAGCGAGCCAUGUGGCUUUAUAUGGUAGACAAAUUCUCGAAGGUUUGAAAUUUUUAAUGGACAAGGGGCUGCCAUACGGUCAUUUGCACACUGGGAAUGUCAUUGUUGAUAAUGACAGAGUUAAGUUGUUGGAUAUAGAGAACGGCGUCUUGGGCGUGCCGUCGUUCUAUCGCCCCUAUUUCAUGCAGCAUCGCAAAAUUUGUACUUUACAGGCUGUAGACGUCUACUGCUUCGGUCACACUCUGUAUGAAAUGACUUUCGGGUCGCCCCUUCACGAGAGUGUGGCUGACAAUAUUCCCAGUUGCUCUUCACAAUUGAAAUCCGUUCUCGAAUCAAUACUCUCAUCUGAAGCUUGUAAAUCAGGCCUGCCUACUAUUGAAUCUUUAUUGAAUCAUCCAUUUUUCUCUUCGGUUGUGGUAACUUUACUACCGGACGACAAAGCGCAUUUAAAAAUCCCGAAUUCGACUAAGGAGCGGCUGAAGGCGACGUGUGCGCAAAUGGAGGAAAGACUGAAAGAAGAACAAAAGAUGGUGAGGAGCCAGAAGCGGUUGGUGAAGGUGCAAGAAAUGAUGAGUUCUGAGGAGGAGAAGAAGAAGCAAAGACAGAAAAUGAAACAAGAACAACGUCAGCUCGCCAAGGAACAAAUGAGACAAAAGAGCAAAUCUGAAAAAGAUGAUAAAGUAAAUGGUGAUAGACCUGACAGUGUGAACAGCAGUACGGCGACGUCUGUCGGGACAGCAACACCUCCUUCGAUAUCAGGUUCCAGUGUCCCCUCGCCUCCUCCGCCCCCUCCCCCGCCGCCACUAUCGAGCGGGUGCCCGCCGCCCCCGGAAGCCAGCAAAGACCGGUCGGCAUUACUGGGGGCCAUCUGUAAUUUUAAUAAAACGUCCCUGCGUAAGACCAAAGUUAACUAAAUUUACUCUAAGUUCGAAUACUUUGAUGUUACAUAUGUGAUACCUUACUGCAUUAUAUCGUCGUUAUUUUAAGGAAUAGCGUAAUUGUAAAAACUUGUGUUUUAAGGCAUUCGAUCCCAAUUAGGUACGUCGUUGGUAAUAAUGUAAUUUAUGAACUAAUGCACCAAGACAUUCAGCUAGAUGAAAUUUAAAAGGGUCCACACACUGUAUAAAGUAGAUAGCUUGGUCUUUGUUUUAAUGUCAUGUAUGUGCCUUCCCUCGAUUGUUUUCUUGUGUUUAGGACUUAUCAAAUUCGUAUUUGACUGUGCCAAUGGUAUUUGUGUAAGUAAUUAAAUUGUGGCAUUUAACCUAUGAUUCGAGAUGAUAUUUAUGUAACUAACUAGUCAGGUGUCCUUGAUAUGAUUUAUCUUGUGUGUACAGAUCAUAAUAAACUGUCUCUUUCUAUUCAAUGUUAAGGAAUAAAUAGGAAGAAAAC